CGGACGGCGCAGGCACGGCAACGGCCUGUACCGCGGGAGCGCGCACGGCGGCUCAGGGCAAAUAGGAGGAGUGAGUAGGUUGCUGCUCAUGGAUAGGAGGAGGGGAAGGGAAAGGCGAUAAGGAAGCCGCCGAGCAGUAACUUGGAACGUUGAAUCCUAAAGGACUGGAAUCCCAGCUCUCAUGCCCUAGAACCCAAUUGUCUCUGUAAUACUACGAUAUCCAUAUUACCUAGUCUAAAUUCCCAUUCCCCGAUUUUUGUUUUUCGAAAUGGGUUCGUGGAGGUGAUUCCGUCUGGCCAUUGCAUAGAGUGCAGUUGCUGGGAUAAGCGGCAGCAGACGGGAAGGUGGAUGCUGGGAGUCACCCUGGAGAGAUUGCUGGGAAAGCAGCAUAUUGUGGAGACACAGCUACAGUAUUCCCCUCAUUGUCACCGUACUGCUUUCUGUGACCUCUGGAUCGUUCUUUUCCCCACUGACUGAACCUUGAUCAGGGAAGGGAGGAUAGACAUGUCUGGAAGCCGGGAAGAGGAGCGUCGCAAACUGGCCGACAUCAUUAACCACUGGAACGCCAACCGGCUCGACCUGUUCGAAAUCAGCCAGCCCACCGAGGAGUUGGAGUUCCACGGGGUGAUGAGAUUUUAUUUCCAAGAUAAAGCUGCAGGAAACUUUGCUACAAAAUGCAUCAGAGUCUCCAGCACGGCCACCACACAAGACGUCAUAGAAACCUUGGCAGAAAAGUUCCGGCCUGAUAUGAGGAUGUUGUCAUCCCCACGGUACUCUUUAUAUGAAGUGCAUGUCAGCGGGGAAGAAAGAAGACUUGAUAUUGACGAGAAGCCUUUGGUGGUUCAAUUAAACUGGAAUAAGGAUGACCGGGAAGGAAGGUUUGUGCUAAAGAAUGAAAAUGACAUUCUUUCAUUAAAGAAGUCUCAGAGUAAUGGACCAGAGAAACAAGAAAAGGAAGGGGUAAUACAAAAUUUCAAAAGGACCCUUUCUAAAAAGGAAAAGAAAGAGAAGAAGAGACGUGAGAAAGAAGCUUUAAAGUCACUGACUGAUGGAGAAGAUGGACCUCAAACGAAGGAUGAUUCUGAGAACUCUCGUCUGGCUGCAGAAGUUUACAAAGAUAUGCCUGAAACCAGUUUUACCCGCACAAUAUCUAACCCAGAGGUAGUGAUGAAACGAAGGAGACAACAGAAGCUAGAAAAGAGAAUGCAAGAAUUUCGCAGUUCUGAUGGUCGUCCAGACUCUGGUGGGACAUUGAGGAUUUAUGCCGACAGUCUAAGACCAAAUAUCCCAUACAAAACAAUCUUGUUGUCAACAAAUGAUACAGCUGAUUUUGCCGUUGUAGAAGCACUCGAGAAGUAUGGGAUGGAGAAGGAAAAUCCUAGGGACUUCUGCAUUGCUGUGGUAAUGUUACCUCUUGGUGCCCAACAUUCCGAUAAAGGCAUGAAAGAGACCAUACUGGAUGAUGAUGAGUGUCCUUUACAGAUAUUCAGAGACUGGCCAAGUGAUAAAGGAGAGCUUGUAUUUCAAUUGAAAAGGAGACCCCCAGACUAUCUCUCAAAGAUGGACAGGAAACUGGAGGGCAAACCAUCAAAAAGCAGACUGGAGUCUUAUAGCUACUCCCUUUCUCCCGAUAAACUACCUUACUUGGUAGAAUUAAGCCCAGGCAGAAGGAACCACUUUACCUACUACAGCUAUCAUUCCUAUGAAGAUGGCUCUGACUCCAGGGAUAAACCAAAGCUCUAUCGUCUUCAGGUGAGCAUCACAGAUGUCGGAACGGAGAAACUGGAUGAGAAUUCAAUACAGCUUUUUGGACCAGGCAUACAGCCACAUCACUGUGACCUUACAAAUAUGGAUGGAGUGGUCACAAUUACCCCAAGAAGUGUUGAUGCUGAUACAUACAUUGAUGGUGAACGCAUUUCUGAAACAACCAUGUUGCACAGUGGCGUGAAGGUGCAGUUUGGAUCAUCGCAUGUAUUUAAGUUUGUGGAUCCUAAUCAUGACCAUUCCAUGGGAAAAAGACCUUCUGAUGCUGGGCAGAUGGUUAGAGGACAGAGGAACAAGUCAGGAGUUCAGGAGACAACAUUUGGGCUGGAAGGAGAUGUCCUUAGUGGAUCAUCACUUCAAUCAAACAAGGUCACUAUCAAACUGGACAGUGAUAGGACACCAAGUACUGCAGAACGUGGCAUAAUAAAACCAAUUGUUCGACUAGAUAAGCAACAAGAACCCCGUGGACUGGAUAGCAGACCUCAGGAUUCCGCUGGACCAGAACACACCUUACCUGCAAGCAUUGAGUUCAGAGAAAAUUUGGAAGACUCCUUCUUGUCUGCAAUCAUUAACUAUACUAAUAGUUCGACUGUACACUUCAAAUUAUCCCCAACAUAUGUGUUAUAUAUGACCUGCCGGUAUGUAUUGUCCAGUCAGUACAGACCGAACAUCAGCCCUGCUGAGCGUACUCACAAAGUUAUUUCCAUUGUGAACAAGAUGGUGAGCAUGAUGGAAGGUGUAAUCCAGGAAGUAGACCAGGGUGACCAGAAACAAAAAAAUAUCGCUGGGGCACUUGCAUUCUGGAUGGCAAAUGCGUCAGAGCUGCUUAAUUUUAUAAAACAAGACCGAGAUCUCAGUCGAGUCACAUUAGAUGCUCAGGAUGUUUUGGCUCAUUUGGUCCAGAUGGCUUUUAAAUAUUUGGUGCACUGCUUGCAGUCAGAGCUUAGCAAUUUCAUGCCUGCUUUUUUAGAAGAUCCAGAAGAGAACAACUCACAAAGGCCUAAAAUAGACGAUGUCCUUCACACUUUGACGGGAGCCAUGUCUCUUCUGAGGCGUUGUCGGGUGAACGCAGCUUUAACCAUCCAACUCUUCUCUCAGCUUUUCCACUUCAUCAAUAUGUGGCUCUUCAACAGGCUGGUCACUGACCCAGAUUCUGGCUUAUGUUCUCACUAUUGGGGUGCCAUCAUUCGUCAGCAGCUAGCUCAUAUAGAAGCCUGGGCUGAAAAGCAAGGUCUGGAGCUUGCUGCAGACUGUCACCUUAGCAGAAUAGUACAGGCAACAACUCUUCUUACUAUGGACAAAUACUCUCAUCAAGAUAUCCCCAACAUUAACAAUACCUGCUUUAAACUGAACUCCUUGCAACUUCAUGCUUUAUUGACAAAUUACCACUGUGCACCAGAUGAACCUUACAUUCCUACGGAGCUCAUUGAGAGUGUGGUGUCUGUAGCUGAAAACACUGCUGAUGAAUUGGCACGUAGUGAUGGACGUGAGGUUCAGUUAGAAGAGGAUCCUGACUUGCAGCUGCCUUUUCUUUUGCCAGAAGAUGGUUACUCAUGUGAUGUGGUACGGAACAUCCCCAAUGGUUUGCAGGAGUUUUUGGAACCACUGUGCCAAAGAGGAUUCUGUAGGCUGCUGCCUCACACACGUUCACACGGGACUUGGACGAUUUACUUUGAAGGUGCUGACUAUGAGAAUAAUCUACUGGCUGACAAUGCAGACAUGCCCUUAAGAAAAGACCCUGAAAUAAUCACUGUGACAUUGAAGAAACAGAACGGCAUGGGCUUGAGUAUUGUUGCAGCAAAGGGUGCUGGACAAGAGAAACUUGGCAUUUACGUAAAGUCCGUUGUGAAAGGAGGUGCUGCAGAAGUGGAUGGGCGUCUAGCUGCAGGAGACCAGCUUCUUAGUGUGGAUGGAAGAAGUUUGGUAGGACUGUCCCAAGAGAGGGCUGCUGAAUUAAUGACAAGAACAGGUUCAGUUGUAACACUUGAGGUAGCAAAACAAGGAGCAAUUUACCACGGUCUGGCUACACUGUUAAAUCAGCCAUCUCCUUUGAUGCAGAAAGAUCGCCGUGGCUCAGGGAAACCGCGACCAAAGAGUGAAGGUUUUGAGCUUUAUAAUAACACUGCUCAAAAUGGAUCACCUGAAAGUCCCCAAAUGCCUUGGCCAGAAUAUGCAGAACCAAAGAAAUUACCAGGCGAUGAUAGACUUAUGAAGAAUCGAGCUGAUCAUCGUUCCAGUCCCAAUGUAGCAAAUCAGCCUCAAAGUCCUGGCGGAAAAACUGCAUAUUCCAACAGCUCAACCGUAAAGAUCACAUCAGUUUCUACAGGAAAUUUGUGUACUGAGGAUCCGCCAGCCCCAGCAAGGCCCGAGGCUUAUCCUAUUCCCACACAGACCUACACAAGAGAAUAUUUUACCUUUCCAACUCCCAAAUUCCAAGAUCGAAUGGCGCCCUCACAAAGUCAGUGGCCAGAUUAUGAUGAGAAUGCCCAUGCCCAAAUGGGAAGCCACCACUCCAGCAAUACGUCCGUCCAACGAAUUGCUCAUUCCCAAGAGGAGUUGCGAGAGGAUCAGGGAUUGCCAUUAGAAAGAGGUCGACUAGAGCCUGUGAUGCGCAGAGAUGUGGAAUUUGUAGACCGAAAGCUGGAUGGUAAAGAUGCUUGGAUGAACCAAAGCUCUUCUGUGGAAUCAAGUACGUGCAGCCAAGAACACCUAAACAAUUCUAAUACAGCUUAUUCUUCUGCUUCUUCAUUAAACAAAACAGGGCCUGGGCGAUGGAAAACACCAGUUGCAUCUCAACCUGCUCCACUUGCACUACCACAGCCUAUUAGAACAGACCUUCCACCUCCACCACCUCCUCCACCAGUACAUUAUGGAGGAGAAUUUGAUGGAGUCCCUGUUGAGUUACCUCUUCCACCCCCACCUACACAAAGUCAAUUAGGACCUCCGUUAAACUCCCAAGCAGCUGCAGUAGAGCGGAAGAAGAGAGAAGAACAUCAACGAUGGUAUGAAAAAGAAAAAGCCCGUUUGGAGGAAGAGCGAGAGAGGAAGAGACGAGAGCAAGAACGAAAACUUGGACAAAUACGACCUCAGCCUCCUGCACCUCCACAACCUUUAAUAACACAGCCUCAAGUAGCAGUACCACCUCCAAAUAUACCACAGUCAAGACCAGAGAAACCUGCAACUCUUCCCCGUCCACAAGAAACAGUCAUCCGGGAACUGCAACCACAACAGCAGCCACGCACAAUAGAGAGACGAGACCUUCAGUAUAUUACAAUAAGCAAGGAGGAGCUUUCUUCCAGUGACAGCCUUUCUCCGGACCCAUGGAAGCGAGAUGCCAAGGAAAAGUUAGAAAAGCAGCAGCAAAUGCACAUAGUAGACAUGUUGAACAAGGAGAUCAAUGACUUACAGAACAAAGCUGACAGAACUGCUGAGGAGAAUGAUCGACUACGUAAAUUAAUGCUUGAAUGGCAGUUCCAGAAGCGGCUCCAAGAGUCCAAGCAGAAGGAUGAAGAUGAAGAUGAGGAUGAAGAAGAUGAUGACAUGGACACUAUGCUUAUUAUGCAGCGCCUGGAAACUGAAAGAAAAGCAAGGCAGACUGCUAUGCCAGCAAUCUCUGUACUUGAUUUGUUACAGGAUGAGGAAAGGAGGCGGCAGCAACAGUUGGAAGAGAUUCGGAAACGAGAAGCUGAUGAUCGCAUGAAGCAAGAAGAUGAUCGCCGCCAUCAAGAGGAGGAGCGGACAAAACGAGAAGCUGAAGAAAAGAGGAGGCAGGAAGAGGAGUACUACAACCGCUUGGAAGCAGAAAGGCGCAGGCAACAUGAGGAGGCAGAGCGGAGAUUACUAGAGCCUGAAGAGCCUGGUCUGUACAGACCUCCACUCCCACGGGAAUAUGAGCUCCCACCCCCAUCCCUUUCGACUAACGUUCCGCCUCCCCCACCUCAACGAAACACUUCUUACCUCAAAGCACAGGCCCUCUCCCCCGACACCGUUUACACUGCCAAGUUUGUUGCAUACACUGAGGAUGAGGAAGACACAAACCUAGCAGGUCAGGAUAAGUACUCCAGCACAAGAAAGUCUUAUGGUGACCUCCUUCCAGCUGCACAUAAACCACAGCUGCCUGCUGCACGCCAGCCUCGUCCUGUAUCCGAUGGCAUCUUUCUUUCAAACUCAUUCCAGCCACCUACAGCCAAUGCCAACAGUACUGGUAACAAAACAGGCCAGGCCCCUCCCAUAUCAAAUAAACCAAGUUUCUUCCACCAAAGCAUCUCCAAAGGGGCAAAUAGUUACACUGGAUCAACAAGUGCAAUAGUUGGAAACAGUGAAGUUUAUAGGGAUCCGAGAGACAAAAGACUGAAAAGUCAGGAUGGGGAUAUUUCUACAACUGGUGGAGCACCGGAAAGCAUGACUUUUAAGGAACGCCAACGCCUAUUUUCCCAGGGCCAAGACGUGUCCAACAAAGUAAAAGCAUCCCGAAAGCUAAUGGAACUGGAAAACGAGUUAAAUACAAAAUGAUGAUGAUGCCAUCAUUAUAAAUCCUAGUGUAAGAAACAAAAUGUUUUUAAUCAAGGGGAUUUGGUAAAAAGUGUAAAACGGAAGAUAUCUAAAUAUAUUUUUCUGUAAAGAGCGAUUUUAUGAUUCAUUUAUUCUGAGACUGUUAAUUAAGAAAUAAAGAUGCUGCAAUAGAAAGAAUACUGACUCUUCCCAGCUGGCUUGUAGUUUGGAAGAUUGAAGUACAAUUUGUAUGUAUCACAUGACUACGUUUUGUUUUUUUGUUAAUUCAGAAGUGAUUAAAAAAACCUCACUGACUUCUUAAGGUGUUCCACAUAAAUUGUGUGGACGGCUGUUUCAUUCUGAAUCUCCAUGUACAAUACUUGAUUGCAAGUUGAUGCAGAAUGUUUUUGGUUUUGUGUCAUGUGUCAUAGUGCUUCACUAACAGUUUCAUCUUUGCUGAACACUACAUAAUGAAAGCAUGUUAAGAGGAGGGCACAGUAAAUGGAAAAUUUUCCUCUGUUUGAUUUCUGUGUUACAACUGUAAAAUUAAGUCUUCAAGAAAUACAUUAAAAAGACUGUUCUUUGUAAUAGCAAAAAAAAAAAACUUUUUUUUAUAUAAAGUGCACCCAGAUGAUUAUUGUAAUCCCUUAAAUUAGACGAUUUUUUUUUUUUUUUUUUACAAAUUGGAGUAAAUGUUCGUUGAUAUUUUUUCCACACUAAACCUUAUAAAGGGUUGCAUGGUCCCCUUCCUUUUACAGCUGAAUGCUGCUUUUGACAAUCUGAGUUUGAUAAAAUUGGAUUAAACAACCUUUUUAAUACCAGCUUAAGUUAGACAUAUAUUCAUUAAAGCAUAUUCCGAGGGGGUAGGUAUACACUGUAUGCUAAAAUUGAAUUAUCACAUUACUGAUCCAUGCUGCAGAUUUUUGCAAUUAAAAUUAUUGCUUGUA